AUGUUUGUCAAAUCAUCCGUCCUCUGCUUUGCUGCUGCUUUGACGACGGCAUGCGCAGCACGGAUCCCGGCCGCUCACAACUAUGGGAUAGUGACAGCAGCGGAGUAUGUCCACGAUGCCGAAGGUCAACAGUUCCUGGUCACGGAUAUCACCAAGGCUAAGCCACACACCCUGGCCCCGUUCACAGCGAACUUCUUUUCCAACUCCUGCAACAACGGCUUCAUUGGCCAGGUUCAGGGGCAGGGCGGUGCCAAUUGUGUCAAAUCCAUCCCUGGCACAAAGGGCAUCGCUCUCCUCAGCCAGCCAGCGGGUUGCCAAGUCACGGUGUAUACGGAUGACAACUGCAGCAGCGGCGCUACUCUUCUCAGCGUGGGGCAAUGUCUCCAGGAGACAGAGACCGGCAUUCCAUCAUAUUCGAUUGAUGGUAACUGCUAG